CCGUUUUACGGCGUGACACCGGAGCUCGUUUCUCGGCACUUGGAGAGGGAGGCCCAUGUGGUGUGUGUGAAUGAGCGGUCUUUGAACUUCAGCACUUUACAAAAAGCUUUUUUCUCAUACUUCAGACACCUGGAUGCUCGUGGAGUCCUCACCUGUACGAUGUUGUUAGAAGCGCGGGAAGGAGAUGAAACGUUUGUGUUCACUGCGGCUGCAGCCUCUGUGCAGGUCCAGGUGGAGCCCGUGGGUCGCUGGUUCGAGGCCUUUGUAAGGAGGAGGAACAGAAGUACAUCGACCUCCUUCCAGGAGCUGGAGGAGGAGCAGGAGUCCUCAGAGGAGGAAGAGGAUGAGGAGUUCCAGCUGGAGGAGUAUCCAAUGCUCCGCACCCUCGACCCCAAAGACUGGAAGAAUCAGGAUCACUAUGCUGUCCUCGGCCUGACCAACAUGAGGUACAAAGCCACGCAGAAACAAAUCAAAGCUGCCCACAAAUUAAUCGUUCUGAAGCACCACCCUGACAAGAGGAAAGCUGCAGGAGAGCAGAUCGUAGAGGGCGACAACGACUACUUCACCUGUAUCACUAAAGCUAUAGAAAUCCUGUCGGACCCUGUGAAGAGGAGAGCCUUCGACAGUGUAGACCCAACCUUCGACAACACCGUGCCUUCAAAGGGCGAAGGCAAAGAGAACUUUUUCGACGUCUUCACCGCAGUUUUCGACAGAAAUGCCCGAUGGUCUUCCAAAAAGCACGUUCCCAAACUGGGGACCAUGGAGUCCUCUUUUGAAGAGGUCGAUAACUUUUACUCCUUUUGGUACAACUUUGACUCCUGGAGGGAGUUCUCGUACCUCGAUGAAGAGGAAAAAGAAAAAGCUGAAUGUCGAGACGAGAGGAGAUGGAUCGAGAAGCAGAAUCGAGCCUCCAGAGCUCAGAGGAAGAAGGAGGAGAUGAACAGAAUACGAACACUAGUUGAUAUGGCGUACAGCAUCGACCCUAGAAUAAAGAAAUUCAAAGAUGAUGAAAAAGCCCGGAAAGAGUCUGAGAAGAAAGCCAAAGCUGACGCCAAGAAGAGAGAGCAGGAGGAGAGAGAGAGAGCUCGUCAGGCGGAGCUGGAGGCCGCUCGUUUGGUGAAGGAGAAGGAGGAGGAGGAGGCCAAACAGGCGGCUCAGCUGGCCAAAAAGGAGAAAGAGAUCCAGAAGAAGGCCAUCAAGAAGGAGAGGCAGAAACUCAGGACGACCUGCAAGAACUGGAAUUACUUUGCAGAUGACGAAUCUGACAGUGUGAAAAUGAUGGAGGAGGUGGAGAAGCUCUGCGACCGACUGGAGCUGGCGAGCCUGCAGUCUCUGAAUGAAAUCCUGGCCGCAGGCUCAAAAGACGACAGCAAGACAGCCGUGGAGAAGCAGGUGCAGGAGGUGAAUGCUCAGCUGCAGAGGGAGCGUGACGCGGAGGUCCAGGCGAGGCAGACGUCCCGCAGCGCUGACCAGGCGAGCGGGGGAGGAGGAGGGGGAGGUGGAGGUAAAGGCUGGAACGAGGAAGACCUCCAGCUGCUCAUCAAAGCUGUUAAUCUGUUUCCUGCUGGAACCAACGCCAGAUGGGAAGUUAUUGCCAACUAUAUGAACCUGCACUCCACCAGUGGCAUGAAGAGGACCGCCAAAGACGUCAUCAACAAAGCCAAGAACCUGCAACGACUGGAUCCAGGACAGAAAGACGAGAUCAACAGAAAAGCUUUCGAGAAGUUUAAGAAGGAACACACUUCAGUCGCUCCGACCAUCGACAACGCUGCGCCUUCAGAGAGAUUUGACGCUGCUGGUAGUGACGGUAAUGCUGCCUCCUGGACUACUGAGGAACAGAAACUUCUGGAACAAGCCCUGAAGACCUACCCUGUCAGCACCGCUGAGAGGUGGGAGAAGAUCGCUGCAGCUGUCCCAGGAAGAACCAAGAAAGACUGUAUGAAGAGGUACAAGGAGCUGGUGGAGAUGGUUAAAGCGAAGAAAGCGGCACAGGAACAAGUGGCUACAAAGAGUAAAAAAUGACACGAACCACAAAGAAUAGUAUCUGUGUUAUUUUAACAUUAUUGUGUUGGUCUUUAUUUUAUAAUAAAAAUUAAAGGAGGAAAAAUA